AUGUCAGACGUCAAACAUUCUGAUGUGUUUUCCGACAAGCUCUCCGACCUGGAGAUUUCUCACAUCGAGCACAACCGUGCCGACUCGGAUGAUACUGUUGCGUCUCAACCCAAGUUCGUCGAACAGGGUGUGCCACUGAACCGUUCACCGACUGCUGCCGCUCUUGAUAAAACGGAUCCGAAGUUCCUUUGGCCUAGAAUCCGAUUGAGCUUGCAAGACGCCUUCUCCGAGUUCAUUGGAACAUUCAUCAUCCUUAUGUUCGGUGAUGGUGUCGUAGCUCAAGUUGUCCUGAGUAGAGGCAAGAAUGGAGACUACCAAUCCAUCAGUUGGGGCUGGGGCAUUGGUGUGAUGCUGGGUGUCUACGCUGGAGGUAAGAGCGGAGCCCAUCUCAACCCCGCGGUCACCUUCUCCAGUUGCGUCUUCCGAAAGUUCCCAUGGAAGAAGUUCCCUAUCUAUAUGUUGGCUCAGGUCCUUGGUGCAUUCUGUGCAUCCGGCGUUGUAUAUGCAAACUACAAAUCAGCUAUCGACACAUACGAAGGAGGUGCCGGCAUUCGAACAGUUGGCGGCGAGAACUCCACAGCCGGUAUCUUCUGCACAUAUCCGGCCGAAUUCAUGACGCGGACGGGCAUGUUCUUCUCAGAAUUCAUCGCCAGUGCACUUCUCAUGUUUCUUAUCUUCGCGUUGAAAGAUGAUUCUAACCUUGGCUCGGGCAACCUUACACCACUAGGCCUUUUCUUUAUCAUCUUCGGUAUCGGAGCUUGCUGGGGAUGGGAAACAGGCUAUGCCAUCAACCUGGCCAGAGAUUUCGGUCCUCGCCUCAUGUCGUACUUCCUAGGAUAUGGCCAUGGCGUCUGGUCUGCAGGAGGAUAUUACUUUUGGAUCCCUAUGGUAUCGCCGUUCUUCGGUUGCGUCUUUGGCGGCUUCUUGUACGACCUUCUUAUGUUCACCGGAGAGAGUCCUAUCAACGAAGAGUGGAUGGGUAUCCCCGGAGCUUACAACCGCUUGAUGUCGUUCGGAAAGUCGAAAAAGGAAAAGACCGAAUCCAGCAUCGUAUAA